GAAGAAUCAGUCACCAUAAGUAACUGUAGAUAUAUUUUUCUCAUCCACAUAUACAGGGAACCGACAAGCAACUUCGGUUCUCUGAGGCACGUGUGUGGACGUUGUUGUUGACAAGCAAAAAGGCCACGAUGAGUAAAAGCAAGAAAAGGGAAAACAGCGCUCUCGCCUUUUGCUCUCCCCCGUGGAAUUUUUCGUGGGUGGUGAAGGGAGAGAUCUGUGCCUGCGCCUGGCCGGAGUCCGAGGCAAAUAUCGCUUUUCUCAGGAGCAAGGGCGUCCGAGUGCUGGUGUGCCUGAGCGUGGAGAGGCAGCCCCACAGGUCAGCGAAGAAGCACAUGGAGUGCCACGUGAUAGACGUUGAAGAGUUCGAGGACCCCGCCGUCGAGCAGAUGAGCGAGUUCAUCUCCAUCUGCGAGAAGGCUCGCGAGGAAAAAAAGGUUAUGUGUGUUCACUGCAGAAUGGGUCGCGGGCGAACAGGUGUUAUGUUGGCUUGUUACCUCGUCAGGUUCUACCAGCAGGAGCCCAGCCAAGCCAUAUGCAACGUGCGGUUGAUGCGCCCGGGCAGCGUUGAGACGUGGGACCAAGAACGCGCAGUCAGAAACUAUCGCGACUACAUGGGUUGAAUGCCAGUGCAGCGAGUCCAGCAGGUCCUGCAGGUUAACGGCCGAAUCUCCUUAUGUUAGUGAAUGUAAGCAGAGAUUAUGAUGCAGCAUAAACCAUCGUUAGAGUUGUAUGUGUGUAUGUUUGAGUGUUUGUAUAUGCAUUCAUUUGUUUGUGUGUGUGUGUGGAGAGUUCACUGGCCUAAAUCCCAUGACCUUAGCCCAAGUUGGGUCAUUCAGACCUCAGACUUUGCUCUCUUUUUUGUGCGACAACAUUUUAGCUUUGCUCCAAUUCCAUCCCAGGACACCGCCGGUCCCAGUGGCCAUAAUUUUCCUCAAUAAAAGUAUAACGGCUAA